UCGUCAUCAGAGCUUUCUGAAGCUCAGAAUCCUCGGCAAUGGCGGAAAAUAUUAGCCCGCUCUUCGUACUCUCUCUCGUCUUCUUCAUUCUCAUCUCACUGACCUCGUCCUCACCGUCCCUCAGUUUGCCGCCCCGACUCUGGCCACCGCGAUUUCUCGGCCAAUUUUCCCGGAAACCGGCGAGCUCCAACAGACUGCGGUUGCAGCAGUACCGGUACGAUGUCCGGUACUUCGAGCAGCCCCUUGACCACUUCAGCUUUUCGGCCGAGGCCCCCACGUUCCGGCAGCGGUACCUUAUCAGCUCCGACCACUGGGCGGGACCCGAGAGGAUGGCCCCCAUAUUCCUCUACUGCGGCAACGAGGGCGACAUCGAAUGGUUUGCUCAGAACACGGGCUUCGUGUGGGAGAUCGCCCCCAAGUUCGGGGCCAUGGUGCUCUUCCCUGAACAUCGGUAUUACGGGGAGUCAUUGCCGUUUGGGAGUCGAGAUGAGGCGAAUAAGAAUUCGACGACGCUGAAAUAUUUGACCGCCGAGCAAGCUCUUGCUGAUUUUGCGGUCUUGGUUACAAACUUGAAGCGGAAUUUGUCUGCUGAGGCUUGCCCUGUUGUGCUCUUUGGUGGAUCAUAUGGUGGAAUGUUAGCUGCUUGGAUGAGGUUGAAGUAUCCCCACAUAGCAGUCGGUGCUCUUGCUUCAUCAGCGCCAAUACUUCAAUUCGAAGAUAUCGUGCCCCCAGAAACAUUUUACGAUCUUGUCUCUAAUGAUUUCAAACGUGAAAGUAUAAGCUGCUUCAACACGAUAAAGGAGUCAUGGGAUGCAAUUAUAUCUGAGGGCCUGAAGGAGAAUGGUCUUUCACAACUGACAAAGACUUUCCACUUGUGUCGGGAAUUAAAGAGCACACAAGAUCUCAUUGACUGGCUCUACUCUGCAUAUAGUUUUUUGGCUAUGGUUGAUUACCCUUAUCCUUCCAACUUUCUUAUGCCCUUGCCUGGACACCCCAUUCGCGAGGUGUGCGAAAAGAUUGACGGUGCCUCUGAUGGGACCAGUAUAUUGGAACGCAUAUUCAAAGGAGUUAGCAUCUAUUACAAUUACACGGGAGAUGCAGAUUGCUUUGAAUUAGAUGAUGAUCCUCAUGGCAUGGAUGGUUGGAAUUGGCAGGCGUGCACAGAGAUGGUGAUGCCGAUGUCGUGUAGCCGAGGUGGGAGCAUGUUCCCUCCUUCUGAAUUUAACCUCUCCUUUUUUGAAGAGGAUUGCAGGAAGAGCUUUGGCGUGACCCCAAGGCCGAGAUGGAUUACUACCCAGUUUGGUGGACAUGAUAUUAAGACAACUCUGAAGAUCUUUGGAAGCAACAUUAUCUUCUCGAACGGGCUCUUGGAUCCCUGGAGCGGGGGCAGCGUGCUUCAGAAUAUAUCCGACUCAAUAGUUGCUCUCAUUGCUGAAGAAGGGGCCCAUCACACGGAUCUGCGCCCUGCUACCCCUGAAGAUCCUGACUGGCUGGUGGAGCAAAGGGCAACUGAGAUCAGGCUGAUUGAGGGUUGGUUGAGCGCUUACUAUGAGGCGAAGAGGUUGAUCUUCGACAUGUGAAAGGGACCACGUAUCUAAAGGAAGCUGCAACCUUGUAAAUAAGAUGCUUCAUUACGUCGAACGAACACGCACCGAACACGCACCAAUCAGCCUUUGUAAUUGCUGCAGAUAAUUUUAUCUAGUCCUUGUAAAAGCUCCUCUACGCAAUGUGAUCGUGUAAACCUUGUGAUCUUUGGCACUAUCCGAAUGAUAAUUCUGCUCUCAAUAUUAAAGAGGCGAAAAGAAAAGUAUUUCAAA